GUCACUUCCUGGAAACUGGUUGAAUCCGGAAGUGAUCCCCGAGGACCGCGCGCUCUUGAGGACCCCGGCUGCAGGGCUACUUUCGGGACCAUGAGCUGGAUUCCUUUCAAGAUUGGGCAGCCUAAGAAACAGAUUGUCCCCAAAACAGUGGAGAGAGACUUCGAACGAGAGUAUGGAAAACUCCAGCAGCUGGAAGAGCAGACCAAGAGGCUGCAGAAGGACAUGAAGAAGAGCACCGAUGCUGACCUGGCCAUGUCCAGAUCUGCUGUGAAGAUAUCUUUGGACUUGCUCUCCAAUCCCCUCUGUGAGCAAGACCAGGACUUUCUGAACAUGGUGACAGCCCUGGACACAGCCAUGAAGCGGAUGGAUGCCUUCAACCAGGAAAAGGUGAACCAGAUUCAAAAGACUGUGAUUGAACCCUUAAAAAAGUUCGGCAGUGUCUUCCCAAGCCUCAACAUGGCCGUGAAACGGCGGGAGCAGGCCUUGCAGGACUACAAGAGACUGCAGGCCAAAGUGGAGAAGUAUGAGGAGAAGGAGAAGACAGGGCCAGUGCUGGCCAAACUCCACCAGGCCCGAGAAGAGCUCCGGCCUGUGCGGGACGACUUCGAGGCCAAGAACAAGCAGCUCCUGGACGAGAUGCCGCGGUUCUACACCAGCCGCCUGGACUACUUCCAGCCCAGCUUUGAGUCCCUGAUCCGUGCACAGGUUGUGUACUACUCCGAAAUGCACAAGAUCUUCGGAGACCUGACCCAACAGCUUGACCAGCCUGGCCACUCUGACGAGCAACGGGAGCAGGAGAACGAGGCGAAACUGAGCGAGCUCAGAGCCCUGUCUAUUGUGGCCGAUGACUGAGUCCUGCCCCUUCAGAAGAUUCCCGGGACACAAGGCAGCCUCUCCAUCUUACCCUUCCUGAGCUUACUCCCAGGCAUCAGCCAGGAAAAGGCCCCCUGGGAGGACGGGGAGAGCGGCUCCCACCCUACCUCAGCAGCCUUUUGGAGUGAACCCGGCACCAAGAGCCCAGGCAGACUGCUCUCUCCCAACACACAGAAAAGGCCCAGACAGCUCAGCAGUGUAGGAAAGCCCCAGGGGCUUUAUUUCCCAAAAAAACCAUCAGAGCGCAUGCUGGCCUGGGGCCACCGCGAGCUUCCAGCCUUCAGAGGCCACAGGCUUUGUCCACUCAACUUGAGGCCUGAACUUUGUGGGGUUGUGAUCACACCUACCGCCAAAGGACCCCUCCUGGGAGGCCACGCCCCCUGCUGCCCUUACACUUCAGACUCAUCCUGCCCUGGGGAACAGAGGCGGUGGCCUGCCUGCAUGACAAAGGCUGGCCUAGCCCACUUCUGUCCCGUAGGUCAAGUACAGAGAUGAGUCCCAAGUCUUGUGGGUUCCCUGGGAAACAGGGAUUCAGCUCAUGUAAAUACCCUACCACACAAACGUCACAGACCUCAGGCUCAAAGCAAGAACGGUGGGUUUGCAUCACACCUGUACAUCUGGAAUUUUAUUUUUUCAAGUAAAGUUUUCGACAAAA